AUGGCUUGCUCGUCCGUGCUGAAGUGGAGGGGGGAGGAUGUGAAUGUGAACUGGCGGAGGUGUGCUGCUGGUGCGACCUCGGGAGUCUUGUUCCUUGGUGCUGUCGUGGCUGUGGAUUGGUUGCCCGGGGGGCUGUGGGGGGGUCGUAUGAGGGUCGGAAUGGAGCAGCAAGCCUAUGGUUUUUAG